GAGUCGGGAUGUCACUGUUUAUCAUUAACAGGUACCUUGGAGAUGAGGUGGAUUCAUCUGAAGAUCGAUCCAAAGCUUUGCUGGCGAAGCUGCACCAACAAGCCAAGGAUCGCCAAUCAAAGAUUCAGGAUAAGGAGAAAGGAGUGAAGGAAGGUGUUAAGUCAAGCAAUGAAGGGGAAGAAGAUAAUUCCGAGAUCAGGGACCAGGAGGAGGAACCUGAAAUAAAGAGGAAAGCGAAAAAGCGAAAGAAAAGUCUGCCUGAAAACACAGCAGCUGAGGUGAAAAAAUCCACAAGUGAUACUGAGACGAAAGAAGAUGAAGAUACUGCGGAAUUAAAGGUGAAAAAACAGCGCAAGAAGAAAAUUCCUAAAGACAAACAAAAGAGUAAUGUCCCAGAAGAACAGAAAGAAGGUGCAACGGUGGAAGAGAAACAUUCUGCUCAUGAUAGCUAUUCGGGUCCAAACUCUCUCCUACUAGGUGGCUUUGAAGUUAAACCUAUUCAGAAGGUAAUGCCAGUUCUACCACAAUGGUUGGCAAAGCCUUCUGUUGUUCACAGGGAUAUUAAGCAGAAUCUGGUGUCCAUUUAUGAUGUCCCUGGUUUGCAUCCCAGACUUGCAAAGAAACUGGAAGCCAACAAGGUGCAAUCAUUUUUUCCAGUCCAAGCUGAGGUUAUACCAGCUAUACUGGAGAGCUGCGCUCAUGGAUUUCUUCUGGGCAGAGGAGGGUACCGCCCCAGUGACAUUUGUGUGUCCGCACCCACUGGCAGUGGAAAGACUCUGGCUUUUGUCCUUCCCAUUGUACAGGCUUUACUGCAGCGUGUUGUAUGUGAGGUUCGAGUACUGGUCGUGUUGCCCACCAAGGAGUUGGCACAACAGGUGUGCAAGGUGUUUAACAUUUAUGUGGACGGUACUGGACUGAAAGUUGUCUUGGUAGCAGGUCAUAAAUCAUUUGCUAAAGAGCAGGAGUCUUUGGUAGUUAAAAAGUUGUCCGGGUUCUGCAGUUUGGCCGACAUACUUGUGUGCACACCAGGAAGGCUUGUUGAUCACAUUCAGCAGACAGAGGGAUUCACUCUCAGGCAUCUGCGCUUCUUGGUUAUUGAUGAAGCAGAUCGUAUGAUUGAUUCUAUGAAUCAGGACUGGUUACCUCAUGUUAUUAAGGCAGUGUUUAAAGUGAAUUCAGAUACUCAGUCAAUGCUUUUUGCCAGAAGGGAUCCUGCAGUGACCACCAUUGCAAAUUCUAGCCAGUGUCAGAUCCCCUUGCAGAAACUUCUCUUCUCUGCCACAUUGACUCACAAUCCAGAGAAGCUUCAGCAGCUAGGCCUGUACCAGCCUCGUCUCUUCUCUUCCAUCCACCAACAGCCACGCAAGGGGUCUGCUAAAGACUCAGAUGAGCCUCUCUCUUCUGGAAACUUCUCUCUUCCAGAGGGCCUAACGCAUUAUUACAUUCCCUGCAAUCUGAACACCAAGCCUCUAAUACUCCUACACUUUUUACUCACCCUGCGCUUCUCCCGUGUGCUCUGCUUCACCAACUCUAGAGAGUCUUCCCACCGCCUCUACCUUCUUAUAAAGCUCUUUGGAGGGACUACCGUGGCUGAAUUUUCCUCACGUCUCAGUCCUGGAGAGAGGAAGAAGACCCUGAAGGAGUUUGAACAGGGGAAGCUACAGCUGUUAAUAAGUACAGAUGCUACAGCCAGAGGAAUAGACAUUAAAGGCGUGAAGUGUGUGAUAAACUAUGACGCUCCUCAGUACAUCCGAACAUACAUUCACAGAGUGGGCAGGACAGCUCGUGCCGGGAAGGUGGGUCUGUCAUUCACAAUGCUUCUGAAAAUCCAGGAGCAGAGGUAUUUCAACAUGUUGAAAGAAGCUGGAGUACCGAAGCUACAUAAACAACUGGCGAAUAGGGACAACUUGAUACAGUUUGAGCAGAAAUAUGAAGAGGCUCUUUCUCAACUACAGAAGGCUGUUAAGGAUGAACAAGCCCAGAAACGUUGUUGAGUUGCGGAUCCCUCUCACUGCUGUUGGAAGAUAUUUUGUUCCGUUUUUGGAACUGUUGGUCUUCUUGGACUAGCAUCUACUGAGGUGUAAUCCGGGCAGAAUUUUGCACAAGGUGAAAGA